AUGGGCGAAAAUUUCUUCAAAUAUCUUCCAUCUGAAACCGUAUUAGAUAUCCUCUCAAGAGUCCCCACUCGAGAAGUUAUGGCGUGCAAGUGUGUUUGUAAGCCAUGGCUCGGUCUGCUCGCUACUCCUGAAUUUGUGAAUGCACACAUAUCGAGAUCAGUUCUAGGGUUUGCAGUUGAAACACGCCCACAGUCAUUUAAAAUGGUUGAAAUUGUGGAAGAGCUUGAUGAGGAGCAUCGUUUGGACGUGACCUUCAGCUUCAAACUCCCUUUCAAUGAAAUGAUUCAUAGUUCAGGCAAUGGUUUGUUCUUUCUAAAAGACUUUGCUUAUGGUGUUCUUAUCCUGUGCAAUCCGAUCACAUGUGCCUAUAUCAUGGAGAAUUUUGGAUUUGGAGUGAGCAGAAUGACCGGCCAAUAUACGGUGGUCAGGAUUUUCGUUGAAAAAUCAUGGGAGGAGGAGUGCAAUUAUGAGUUAGAUGUUGGAGGGAUACUCGUGAAUGGGUAUCUUCAUUGGGCCGUCGAGGAAACCAGAAGAGGCUCUGGUGAAUGGAUUUGUUGCUUUGAUCUUGAAACGGAACUAUUUAGCACCUUCCCUGCUCCUCCUCUUCCUAGUAGUACAGGUGUUUACUCUAGUAGGUCACUCUGUGUUUUGCGGGAUUGCCUUUGUGUAACCGAUAUUUCAACCACUGAUGGAAGCAUUAUAAUCUGGUUGAUGGAGGAAUGCGAGCACAGUUGGACAAAGAUAUUUGUCAUCCCUGAUGUUGAUAGGCUUCCUGAUGUUGAUGUUUGGCCGAUUAGAAUUUUCGAAAAUGGCGACGUCUUGAUGGGAUGCGAGGAUGGCACGCUAUUCUGCUAUUCCAAUGAAACGAAAAAUUUUGACUACGACAUUGUGUCUCAAGAGGAUCGUGCACCGUUCCCCUCUACAUUCGUGUAUGCCCCGAGCUUUGUCUCUCUCAAGAGUUUUGCUAUGGAGAAUGCAUGCUCAUUUUGA